UAAAGAAUGUGAUGUCAAAUCCUGCUGUUUUCUGUCUAUUUGUGUUUGUCACAAACUGUGUGAUUGUCGCUGUGACAGAUGAAGUGAAGUCAGUGGCAGUGCUGGAGGGAGAUUCUGUCACUUUACACACCGAUGUUAAAGUACAGAGAGAUGAUCAGAUACGGUGGACGUUUGGACCUCAAAACACUCGAAUAGCUGAAAUCAUUAAAAGGGACCAAAUAAACUUUAUUUUUGUCAGUAAUGAUGGGAGAUUCAGAGACAAACUACUGAUGGACAAUCAAACUGGAUCUCUGACCAUCAGAAACAUCAGAUCUGAUCACACUGGACUUUAUAAACUGACCGUCAUCAUUAGUGGAGAAACCUCAUUGAAGAGCUUCAGUGUUACUGUGUAUGCUCCUCUUUCCAUUCCUGUGUUCACCAGUAACUCUUCAAACUGUUCUUCAUCAUCAUCAGGAUCAUCAUCAGUCAGAUGUUCACUGCUGUGUUCAAUGUUGAAUGUGAGUGAUGUGACUCUCUCCUGGUACAAAGGAAACAGUUUAUUGUCCAGCAUCAGUGUGUCUGAUCUCAGCAUCAGUCUCUCUCUACCUCUGGAGGUGGAAUAUCAGGAUAAAAACACCUACAGCUGUGUGCUCAACAAUCCCAUCAGCAACCAGACCAAACAUCUGGACAUCAGUCAGUUCUGUCACACAUGUUCAGAACAGAGCCAGCAUUCGUAUGUGAUUCUAAUGAUAAUAGUCAGUGUGUGGCUGUUGGUGUUCAUGUCUGCUGUUAUAAUGAUGUAC